AGAGUUCCAUUAAACAUAUAGCGAUGAAGGCAGAAUUGAGGAUUACGUAUUGCACAAUAUUAUUUAUCGCUGCAGGAAUUGUACGGUCAAGUGACGACUUAUCUGACAAAUCGAACACAAAUAGACCUAUUGUUCAAGUGCACGACGGCCAAUUGAAAGGAAUUAAAGAGAAAAAUGUCAAUGGAGAGAGCUACUUUUAUGCGUUCCGAGGUAUCCCGUAUGCAAAACCACCCGUUGAUGAGCUAAGAUUCAAGGAUCCUGAACAAGUGGAACCGUGGUCUGACGUAAGGGAUGCUAAAGAAUUUGGAAAUGCUUGCAUACAAUUUAAUUGGCCAACGAAAAAAAUCCUAGGAGAGGAAGAUUGUCUUUAUUUGAAUGUUUAUACACCGGAAAUAGAAUCUGGUGAACUACGUGCUGUUAUUGUUUGGAUUCCAGGUGGUGGUUUUAUAUUUGGAUCAGGAAAUGACGACCAGUAUGGCCCGGAUUAUCUUGUUGAGAAGGAUGUCGUUUUAGUAACGUUAAAUUACCGCCUUGGAAUAUUCGGUUUCCUUAAUUUGGAUGAUGAGGCGGCUCCAGGUAACCAGGGAUUGAAAGAUCAGGUCAUGGCUUUGAAAUGGGUACAGCAGAAUAUUGAUAAAUUUUGUGGCGAUCCAAAUAGUGUUACAAUUGCUGGUGAAAGUGCUGGAGCUGCUUCUGUUCACUAUUUGACCCUUUCCCCUUUAAGUCAAGGACUAUUCAGUAAAGCUAUUUUACAAAGUGGUGUAGCAAUUGAUCCAUGGGCAACUGCAUCGGGCUCAAUGAAGGAAGAAGCUGAAAGAGUAGCAGAAAAAUUGGGAAAUAAAUCAACUGAUGCCAGAGAACUUAUCGAAUAUUUCCGAAGUGUUGACCCUCAGGAUAUACUCGAAGCAGUUCAAUCAUUACAAUCUUGGAAGAAUUUUUAUCUGGUUACAUUUAUUUUCGUGCCAUCAGUGGAUUCAAAAUCGACUAAUCCAUUUAUGAAUAUUCCAAUUGCCCAAGCUGCGGAAUCCGGAAUUAGGGUGCCCCAUAUUAUUGGCCACAACAGUCAUGAAGGAAUUUUCGUUCUCUAUGAUCUUGACGAUGAUCAGUAUUCCGAAAUCGACGCUAAUCAAGAUACACUACUGUUAAAUCUAAAUGAACAAAAAUUUUUUAAUCGUCGGAAUCUAUCCGUGAGCGAUGUAAAAAAUUUUUUUAUGGGCAAUAAUUCAAUAUCACGGGAAAACGCUCAACAGCUUGUAGAUUUGACUACAGCUACACAUUUUGUUAUUAAUAUCCAAGGUGUCCUUGACAUUCAAUCUUCAAUACCCGAUGUGCAAACGUAUUUUUACAAAUUUGACUAUUACUCAAAAGAUACUGCGAUAGUGCAGCAAUUAUAUGACACGGACUUAAAAGGUACAUGUCAUGUUGAAGAUGUUUUCUAUCUAUUCAGUUCAAAAACUCUAGAGGCACAAAAUAUUGACCCGCCGACUUCAAAUUCUGUUGGAAACGUCGUCAAACAAAGAUUCGUAGAAUUAUGGACUAAUUUCGCUAAAACUGGAAAUCCGAAUUCGGGAGAAUCUGAAUUAAUUCCCAUUGAAUGGAAACCCAAUGACAGCCCUACUGAAUACACUUGUCUAGAAAUAUCCGAGGAUCUCAGAUUGAUUAAAGAGCCAAAUAUUUUGGAUAAAAUAUCGAAAAAUAUUCAAAAGAAAUAAUGAUUUACUACAAUUGUGGUAUUUUGAAUACCGGGUCGAAAAAUUUGAUCUGGUUUUAGUCAAACCAGAUUAUAUUUGGACUAAUUGGUCUGUCUUUAAAUUUUUAACAAAAUUUUAAGCUAUUUUUGAUGUAAAGACGAUCAAAAAUAGACUAAUGAAAAUUAUAGGCAGUAAAAAUCUGAUUUUGGUUUGGGUAAAAAAAAAAAGACGGCAAAAUAUUUUGAGAAAAAAUGUGAUUUUGAUCUAGAGGCGACCAAAAUCAGACUAAAAAUGAUUAAAAAAAAGUCUAAAUAAGGAGUCGAAGGGGCAAAACUCGAUCAAAUUUCCGGGUCAUAAUAUCAAGCCUCAAUUUAGCCUUAUCGAACCCAAGUAAGCCUUAAUCCAGCCUCACUGAGUAAAAAAAGCAUUUCGAGCCUCAAAUAAUGCUCACACACUGAAAAAAUUAAUCGCUAGCUGCUAGCGAUUUUUUCUUUAACAGGUAGCGAUUAAAAAUUUAUAAAUAUACAUAUAGAUAUAUUUAUGAAUUUAUUUUAAUGAUAAAAACAGUAUUUGUUUUAUUUUUGAGUUAUACCGAUGCUUAACUUUUUUUAUACAAGGAACAGAUAAGUAAGCGUUAGCAAAAAGUCGCUCCCAGCAAGCGAUUUUUAAUCGCUACCUGCUAAAGAAAAAAAUCGCUAGCAGCUAGCAAUUAUUUUUUCAGUGCAGAGCCUCAAUGAGCCUCAAAUGAUGUUCAAAGAUUCUCAAUAAGCCUCGAUGAACCUCAAAUGAACCUAGUCUCGACUAUGUAAUUUAAAUUCGAUUAGUAUUUUUUGAGGCACUUUGAUCACCAUUUGAGGCUCAUUGAGGCUCUGUGAGAAUUCUUUGAGACUCAUUGAGGCUCUGUGAGAAUUAUUUGAGGCUCAAAAUGCUUUUUUUACUCAGUGUGGCUGGAUUGAGGCUUACUUGGGUUCGAUGAGGCUUGAUAUUAUGACCCGGAUGUAAAUAGAAAAAACUCAAAAUUUUUAUUCGAUUUAAAACAGAACAAAUUUUUCUACCCAUGUAAUCUAAUAUACUGUUUUAUUAUUUCAAAUGAUAACAAAACUUCUUCCGUGACAUGAAAUUGUUUUAAUUGCUAUCUUAUCACAUAAUUAGAUAACUUUUUUCCUUAACUCGAUAAAAAAUAUCUUUCUUUUAACUCGAUACUAAUUGACUAUAUCUUAGAUUACCAAUCAAUGAAUAAAUUUUUACUCCUACGUAGAUAAUUUCCGUAAUAA